GUCCUUUUAUGGAGGAUCGUGAUGUAUGGACCAUCCCUCUGAUGCGGCUUAGGAGCUUAGAGACGACUAUAAAAGAUCUCAAAAAACAUACUCGUUCCUGUCUCUUAUCUGACACGCGUCUUCGUUGCUUCAUCGCUGCGGUAGAAUGGCUCCAAAAAAGGUAGAAGCAAAAAAGCCAGAAGCAAAAAAGCCAGAAGCAAAAAAAGAGGCGCCUAAGCCAGCACCUCCACCCGAGCCGGAGAAACCCAAAGUGCCAGAGUUUGACCCGAAAAGCAUUACGAUUGAGUUUACAGCCGAACAGAUCGAAGAGUUUAAAGAGGCAUUCAUGCUGUUCGACAGAACGCUUGCCGGGGAAAUGAAGAUUACUUACGCUCAGUGCGGUGAUGUCAUGAGGGCGCUGGGUCAGAACCCCACCAAUGCAGAAGUCAUUAGAGUACUGGGCAAACCCAAAGCUGAGGAAAUGAACACCAAACUGAUCGAUUUUGAGACAUUCCUGCCAAUGUUCCAACACGUGUCCAAGUCUAAAGAUCAGGGCACGUUUGAGGAUUUUGUUGAGGGGCUGCGAGUGUUUGACAAGGAGGGCAAUGGCACCGUAAUGGGGGCUGAACUACGGCACGUGCUUGCAACUUUGGGUGAGAAGAUGACCGAAGCCGAGGUAGAGCAACUGAUGGCAGGACAGGAAGAUGGAAACGGCUGCAUCAACUAUGAAGCUUUUGUAAAACACAUCAUGGCUGGAUAAACAAGAGGUUAGGGGAAUUAUUAAUGACUUGAAUUAUUAAUGUAAUACUAAUGUUUUUAUGCAAUUAUAGUACACCAACAAUAAAUGUCUGUAGUAAAUACCUCAAAUAAUGUAUUUAACAUUUUAAACAUUAUAAUGAAUGCUAUUGAGAUUUAAAAUGUCAUAGUAAAUCCCACACUCUAAAAAUGAGUUAUUUUUGACCCAUAAUGGGAAAAUAUUGGACAGA